UUUAGGCCAAUUGUACUCGGUGAUAUACCAUGCUCGGAUCCAUCAAGCUCAAAGGGCCAGUAUGUUGGCGAAUCACACGAGUGCGUGGCCCUGGUCAAAGCCAAAUGCAGUAACAUGCGCAAUUUUCCCACAUAUAAUUGGGUGCGAGGCAGAAACGUCAAGGACAAUUGCAAUUCAAUCACGCGAUACACUGCGGUGGCCACGUUCGUAGCACCAGGCAACAAAUACAAAGGUCACGCCGCCAUUUUUGAAUCGUGCGACUCGGAUGGCGUGUGGGUAUGGGAUCAAUGGGUGGGUCAGCCCACACAUCGCCGUCAGAUGAGGUUCGGCAACACAGCUCACUGGCCAUCGAACGAUGGUUCGGCUCUGUAUACAGUGGAACUAGACUAA